UGAAUGAUCAUGUGAACAAUGUGCCGAUGAUCUAAGUCCCCUAGAGAGCGACCUGAAUGCCGAGUCCAGCUCAGGUGCAGUAGACGCUGCUGAUCCAUAGCAGAUGCGAAUAUCGACGAGCUCUCGAUCUCACACGCCGAUGGAAUUAUUAUUCGUUAACUGAAGUAAAUAAUGCGAUUUUGAAGGCCCUCUUCAAAAUAUCCCGGGGAUACGGAUAGUAUUCCGUUGGGAGCGUUGGAAGAAAGGACAGCGCAGCUAGCGGAGCCCGUCGCUGGUACUAGAAUUCGACUGGUUACCACAGCAUCACGUGUAACCAUGCCAUUGGUUACAGCAUCGCGUGUAACGAUGCCGCACCUUUCCAUGCCACCCGCAGCACUGCCGUUAUUCGAAGCAGCUUCAAACGAAGCACAAGGCGAAAUCGCUCCGGUACGGGAGCGGAGCAGCAUAACGACAACAGCAGCAGCAGCAGCAGAAGAUACAGCAGUUACAGCAGCCGAAUCUCCAGCAGCAGCACCAAGAGUAGCAGCAGAAAUGGCAGGAGCAGCAGAAAUAGGGGGGCCUCCAUCCCCUACCAAACGAGUUCCCGCCUUUUCCUGUCCCCAAGAUCCUUCCCCAGAGCAGAUCAUUCUGCUUCUACAGAAUCAGCUUAUAGCGGAGCGGACCUCCUUCGAAAAACGCCUGGCGAAAGUCGCGCAGGAAGCGGAGGAAACCCUAAACGCGCAGCAGCGAUUCUGGGCGGCGCAAGUGGCACGCUUAGAGGCGCAAGUGGCGGAAACCGGGCGGCAGAUGGCGCAGAUGCGGGCGGAAAGGAGGGCGGCGGAGAGGGAGGCGGAGAGAGAGGCGGAGCGGAGGGGGAGGGAGGUGCGGAGGCUUGAAGAGAAGGUGGAGAGCGGGGAGAGAGAGAGGCGGGCCCUGGUGGGGGAGGUGGAACUGGUGAAGGCGCAACUGAGGGAGGUGAGACUGCUGGCGGGGGGAGAGAGAGGGGCGGUGAGAGUACCAACUGGGGGUGAGAGAGGGGAGAUGGGGGAAGAGGGAGGAGAGGUGGAGAGAGGAGGGGAGAGAGGCAGGGAUGGAGGAAGGGAGAGAGGAGAAGGGGAGGCGAUAGCAGCAUUAGCUGCGGAGGGGUCGGAAGGAAGAGAGCUGGUGCCGUUGAGGGGAGAAGAAGACGCGGGGGCAGUAGUUGGCACAGGGGAAAGUAGGGUGGCGGAUGGCGAGAAAAAGAGCGCGCCCCAAGCUUUUGGUGCAAGGGAGAAUAGCCAGCCGAGUUCUUCCAGCGGCCCCUGCAACCACACCCGUGACAGCAGCAGCAGCAGCAGCAGCAGCAGCAGCAGCAGCAGCGGGGGCGGACACUUGUCUGGGCUUCCUGACUCGCGGCACAGCAAGGAAGAGAAAUCGGUGGUCUGCGGGCUUGACAGCCACCCCCGCCCCCAUCAAGUUUCGCCUGCCAGCAGGUCGCCCAUCAAGGUGGAGCAGGCUAUCCCGGAUAUCCCUCAGAGUAAAGCUGAGAGGCUGCGGGCACAUUUAGCAGCACUGGCUGAGGAGAGGGAGGCUGCAGUGAGGGAGUGUGGGGCAGCGGAGGCAGCCGUGGCAGGGCUGUCCUGCCAGCUGGCGGUACAGCUGGCGGGCCUGGAUAGGCUGACGAGAUCGCUGGCGCGGGUUGGGGAGUGGGGGGAUAUGCGGAUGGGCGCAGGAUUUGAUAUGCGGGUGGCAAGGGGGAUCGGGAAAGAAUGUUGGGGGGAGAGUGAGGGGGGGGGAGAAGGACAUGGGGAGCAGCAGCAGCAGCAGCAGCAGUCACAACAGCAGGUGUCUUGUGAUGAAAUGCAAGAGUCAUGCCAGUUGCUCGUGACUCAAGCAGAUGCUGAGGCAGAACAAGGCGAUCGAUCAGCUGCUGGCAAUGCAUCUGAUAACGAGAGGGCCCUUCCAGGAGUGCCUGCAGAAAAACCACCUGAAAAAACGCCUGAAGGAUCGUCUGACGAAGGGGCAUCACUGUGGGCGGGCCGUGUGAGCGUGCACAGGCUGACAGCUUGGCACCAUGGGAGGGAUGCAUGUGCGCUGAGAGACAUGGCCCUCAGAGGCUCAACCGCUGUCUCUCAGUCACAAAAUGUUGGCAGGCCUGCCAAGCGCCGUGUGACAGACGAGUAUGACGCGACGGAGGCGUGUGAGCCGAGGGAAAUGGCUCUUAGAGGCUCAACCGCUGUCUCUCAGUCACAGAAUCUUGUGAGAACCACAAGUCAACUCGCUGGUUGCCGUGUGAGAGACGAGUACGACGCGACGGAUGCGUGUGAGCUGAGGGAAACGGCCCUCGGAGGCUCAACCGCUGUCUCUCAGUCACAGGCACAGUCACAGAGCCAGCCGAGUGAGUGCAGCAGGCACCAUGGCAGGGAUGCAUGUGCGCUCAAGGAAGUGGCUCUUAGAGGCUCAACCGCUGCCUGUCAGUCACAGUCACAGGCACAGAGACAGCUGAGGGAUGUCAGCAGCAGAUGGAACUUAGGAGAGAAAGCGUGGCUGGCACGGGGAGGCAUAGCCAAUCUAGCAGAGCGUGGUACUGUUUCAGGUGAUACAGCUGGUACUGUUUCAGGUGAUACUGCUGGCACUGUUUCAGGUGAUACAGCUGGCACUGUUUCAGGUGAUACAGCUGGCACUGUUUCAGGUGAUACAGCUGGCACUGUUUCAAGUGAUACUGCUGGCACUGUUUCAGGUGAUACUGCUGGCAUUGUUUCAGGUGAUACUGCUGGUACUGUUUCAGGUGAUACUGCUGGUACUGUUUCAGGUGAUACUGCUGGUACUGUUUCAGGUGAUACAGCUGGUACUGUUUCAGGUGAUACUGCUGGCACUGCUUCGAGCGACGCAGCUUCUAGGAAACCUGCGCCAGGUUCUCCUUCCAUAGAUCCUCCCUUUCAAACCAGAGAGCUUCUGUGCUCUGCUUCUAGUGGCGCAGAUUUACUAGCAGUCAGCCCUCCUCCUACUGUUCUGCCCACCGAUUCACCACAGCCGCUGACAGUCAACCCCCCACCUAAGGUCAACCUUGGAGGCGCAAACGCACUGACAGUCAACCCUUAUCCUAGAGUCUUGCCAACCAACGCACCUCAGUCGCUGACUGUCUCCCUGUCUCCCGGCAUCUCCUCCGUCCCCCCCCCUCUCCCAUCCCCCCUCCCUCCUCCACCCCUCCUCCCCCUCCACCCAUCCUCUCUCUCCCACCCCCACCGCCACAUCCCCCACUCCUCCCAUUUCGCCCUCCUCUCUCUCCCCUACCUCCCUCUCCCCCACCUCUCUCUCCCCUCGCACCCCGCCCUCUGAAGCCUCUAGCGCCUCCCCGUCUCUCUUCCACAGCACCUCCCCUCUCCCCCCACCCCCAGCUCCCCUAUUCCCAGCCCCCACCACCCCCUCCGCAUUCCUCUCCCAGCUCUUUGCCUAUGGGCCCAUCCGCACCCUUCCCCACCACUCCCUGCCGCAGCCUCCCACCCUUUCCACCGCUUCUGACCCCCCUGCACCGCUCUCCGCCUUUAACCCCCCUCUUCCUCAUCCACCUACUCUCCGCCGCCUUCGGUCUGCUGGUCUUCCGGUUCAAGCCAAAGUUAGCCGACAGGGAGCUUGGGGGGCGCAAGAGAGAGAGCAGGGAGAGAGAAGGCAGGGGGGCGGAGGGAGGAGUGGAGCAGACGAGUCUGGACGGCUGGAUGCUGCUGCACGUGCUUCUGCUUCUGCAUCUGUGCCUGCACCUUCGUCGAGAACUUCAACAGGAGCAGUAGCAACAGGAGCAGUAGCAACAGGAGCAGUAGCAACAGGAGCAGUAGCAACAGGAGCAGCUCCUGAAUUCCCCAUGAGACUGGGUCAAGGCGUGACUUCUGAGUCGACUCAAAAGUCAACAGCAACAGCUCCCGAGGUUCCUGAGAGGCUAAGUCCAGGCGUGGCUGAUGAGAGGAGAGCAGCAGUGCAAGAGUCGGCUUUUGACGCGCCGCAAAAAGGGCCUGAGAGGCUAAGUCCAGGCGUGGCUGAGGAGAGGAGAGCAGCAGUGCAGGAGGCACGAGCUAUCCUACACGCAUUGAGGGCAAAAUGGUCCAAUCCCAGCCUUGCUGCCCGCCCUGCUCCUUCUGCUGUUGCUUCUCCUUCUCCUUCUCCCACCACCACUGCUGCUGCUGCUGCUGCUUCUUCUGCUUCGUCUCCCGCGUUUCCUCCUCUUACUACUGCUGCUCCACCUGCGCAUGCUCCUGCAUCUGCUUCAGCUGCUGCUGUUGCCAUGCUACACACAUCGUCACCGGCUGCCUCUAAGCCUCCCUCCCUCCGAAGUGGCUCUUUCACGAAGUCCGCUCUUAACGAAGGGCAAAUAGCACCAGGGGGACAGCAGGUGCCAGCACUAAUAGUGGAGAAGCCUUUGGUGAAGCAUGAGGGGCAGCGGGGAGGACAGACUCAGCUUCUGGUGAAGCAUGAGGGGCAGCGGGGAGUGCAGGCGAGUGCGCCACUUGGAAUGGGGGGAAUCAUGAGAGCUGCACAGCUGGAGGUCUCUGAUUGGCUGUCUGAGCUGGCAGAGGGCUCCCUGUCGGAUGGAGAGGAGUGUCUGCUUUAAGUUGUGAAAGUUUGAGGCAUGCGAUGGUACGAGGCAAUCCGACAUGUUGAAUCUGGUACUGGUAGUAUCAUUGUUGCUUCGCCAUGUGCACCUUGCGAGGCUAAUGACACAGUUGUGAGUCGGCAAGAAAACACGGAUCAUAAC